UCCACAGCUACUGGCUCCGCCAGUUCUCUCACCCUGGGACUAUCUUUCACUGUCUGCCAGUGACAUUAGUGGCAGAGGAGCUGUGGCAAAGACUCUGGAACGUACUCAGAGACAGGAAGAUUUGAAAGAGGAGUACCUUGUGUAUACAACAACCCAAGAAUGAGCGACGCCAAUACCCUCAACACCACAGAAGUUGCAGCUGGUCCCACCACACCACGCAAGGGACCUCCCAAGUUCAAGCAAAGGCAGACAAGACAAUUCAAAAGCAAGCCCCCAAAGAAAGGAGUAAAAGGGUUUGGAGAUGACAUUCCAGGUAUGGAGGGACUUGGAACAGAUAUUACAGUGAUCUGUCCAUGGGAGGCUUUCAGCCAUCUGGAACUGCAUGAGCUGGCACAGUUUGGUAUCAUCUAAGUCACCAGAAUCACUGCUGGUGUCUUCCAAGGUUCCAGAAUGGUCUUCUUCACCAUUGACACUUAUUUUUGGCCCUUCCGUCCACCUGCUGACAUUCUGUUGAGCAUGUGCAGGGUGGCUUCAUGAGAUUCACCUAGUUCUAAACAAUUCCUUCUCAGAUUAACUUGGCAAGAAGUUAUCAGGGACCCUGAAUAUUCACCAGGCCUCAUCUGAUGAAACUAUUGGAAAUGUUUAAAUAUCUCUGUACAAUAUCCUGUCUUCCCCCUGGAGUAUUCAUGUGUGUGAAGUCUCACCUGUAUCCCCUGACUCCUAGGAUGCUGUAUGUAUGAAUUUUCACCCUAUAUGCCCGCUCUGAGUUACUUGAGAUACUGUCUGUAUGUGCCUAUUUGAAGUCUUAUCCUGUAUUCCCACCCUUGACCCUAUAAAAUCUAACUCUGAAUUAAACCCAUCGCCCACUCUCAGGACACUCAAGCUUUCCAUGUGUAUGUGAAGUCCAACAGAUGUGGAUGAUAUUUCCAUGAUAUCUGAGCCAGCAAUCAAUUGCUCUGUGUAUAUUCAUAGGGAACAGAGUCCUGAGAGUCACCUAUCCACCUUUCAUUAGGAAGGAGAACCCGGAGUAUCUCAUAUGAGCUCUCCAGAGGGAAUCUGCCACUAAAAUUCACCUCUCAGCCAUAGAACAGAUGGGCUUGGGAAUACUACAUCUUCCCUAUAUUAUCCACAGGUUAGUGGAGUAGUUACUAGAUUUCUGUUGCUCCAAUAAGGACAGCUGACAGCCUGAAUGUUCGAGAUCAUUAACUAAAUCUAUCACAGCACUCACUCCUUCGCUAUCCUGAGGGUUUGCCAUUCUAAUCAAGUGACUCUCUGGGU